CCCAGCUCAACCUUCCUGUCUUCUGUUCUCUCCACCUCCGCGCGCUCGCUAUCUCCCGAGCAGACUAAUCCGACCUUCACCUGGAUCAGAAGUUCCUAUCUUCUCGUCUCCUGCUCUUCUUUCCCUUCCUUCUUCCUUCCUUCCUCUCAAUCUACCCCAGGCAGCUCAGGAAACGUCCAGUUACGUCAAUUGCAUUGCAUGGUUAUCGACAAGCUUCAUCUUCUCGGAUCCGGACAGCCAACUCAGCAACAAUGGACGUCAAUUCCAAUGCCGCAGAACUAAAGACGCAGGGCGUCGUGGAAGCAGCUCAAGACCCAAACAGCUCUAUUACUGCAGAAGAUGCGGAACAGAGAAUUGUGGCUGAGAGCAAGAAGGCUGGAGUCGCUGCCUUUUCCUUCGACCCAGAUGCAACGCCCGAGCAGAAGGCAGCCCAAGCCAGAGCUCGUAUACCAGAGGGGUUCCACCACGAACACAAAUCGAAAGGAGUUGCAGUUCCAACAGAUAUAGAUGAUGGAAAACCUGGGGCAUACGAUCUUCCCCCACCUUCUACAGCUGGAGCUCUCGCACCUACCGCACCUGCUAAAGACAAGAGCGGAAAACCCAUAACGAACGGUGUCAGUGGCCAAUUCAUCGACGACGACGAAAAUGACAGAUGGGUGGAGAGAACUGGCUGGGCGCCAAGAUUUGGCAACGGUGUGUCGAGCGCAUCAAUCGAGGAGGAAAGUCUAGCAGACCACCAAACUUGGGUUGAGGGAAAGCUAGACGACAAAUUCUUCGGUGAUUGGUACCAUAAUACUGGAGUGAUUAUAUUCGCCUGUCUUUCGUCCUGGUUUGUAGCCGUUUUGGGAGGUGGACUUGCUUGGGUAUUCCUGAUUAUGGCUAUCUGUGGUACAUAUUACCGAACAUCUCUUCGCCGAGUCCGACGAAAUUUCAGGGACGAUGUUAAUCGAGAGCUGGCAAAGAAUAGGCUCGAGACGGACACGGAGAGUUUGGAGUGGAUCAACAGCUUCUUGGUCAAAUUCUGGCCCAUUUUCCAGCCUGUGCUGGCAGAGACUAUUAUCAACUCCGUUGAUCAAGUGCUGAGUACUUCAACACCGGCAUUUCUGGAUAGUCUUCGUAUGAAGACUUUCACGCUUGGAAACAAACCUCCUCGAAUGGAACACGUCAAGACUUAUCCAAAAGCGGAAGACGACGUUGUGCUCAUGGACUGGAAAUUCAGUUUCACGCCAAAUGAUCAUGCGGACAUGACUUCGCGCCAAAUCAAGAACAAGGUUAACCCGAAGAUUGUGCUCGAAAUCAGAAUCGGUAAAGCCAUGAUCAGUAAGGGGCUAGACGUUAUAGUAGAGGACAUGGCGUUCUCAGGACUUAUGCGAGUCAAGAUCAAACUCCAGAUUCCGUUCCCUCACGUGGAGAAGAUUGAGAUUUCAUUCUUGGAAAAACCCACCAUUGACUAUGUUUGUAAACCACUAGGUGGUGAGAUGCUUGGUUUUGAUAUUAACUUCAUCCCUGGUUUGGAAUCAUUCAUCUUGGACCAAAUCCAUGCGAACAUUGGUCCUAUCAUGUACGCUCCUAACGUCUUCCCGAUCGAGGUUGCGAAGAUGCUUUCUGGUUCGGCUGUUGACCAAGCUAUUGGUGUCAUGGCAAUCACUCUCCAUGGAGCUCAGGGGCUGAAGAACCCAGACAAGUUCGCUGGAACUCCCGAUCCUUACACGGUAUUGUCGUUCAAUAACGGAGCUGCCCUCGCGCAGACAAAGAUCAUCAAGGAGAAUGCUAAUCCAAAAUGGAACGAAACGAAAUAUGUCAUUGUCACAUCCUUCAACGACAGUCUCACUCUCCAGCUAUUUGAUUACAAUGAAUAUCGGAAGGAUAAGGAGCUGGGAACUGCAACUUUCCCUCUGGAGAGAAUACAGGAAGUCACGGAACACGAAAAUGAGCAGCUCGAGGUCAUGGCCAACGGAAAAGCCCGCGGGAUUAUAUCUUCUGAUAUCCGAUUCUUCCCUGUGCUUGAAGGCCGGGAUCUUCCAGAUGGCAAGAAGGAGCCGCCUCCAGAGUCAAACACUGGUAUUGCAAAGAUCAUCGUUGAGCAGGCGAAAGACUUGGAUGGCACGAGGAGUCUUCUUGGAGCUCUCAAUCCAUAUGCUGUGCUACUACUCAACAACAAGGAGAUUCAUAUUACCAGAAAGUUGAAGCGAACAAACAACCCCAUUUGGGACAACGGUUCCAAAGAGGUGCUCAUCACAGAUCGCAAGACUGCAAAGCUUGGACUUGUCAUCAAAGACGACAGAGAUCUCUCAGCUGACCCUAUCCUUGGCACUUAUCAGAUCAAGCUCAACGACAUGCUCACACUGAUGGAGAAGGGUCAAGAGUGGUACAACCUUGCGGGGGCAAAGUCCGGCCGUGUCAAGUUUACACUUCAGUGGAAGCCCGUAGCUCUCUCAGGCGUUGGAGCCGGCACUGGCGGAUAUGUCACACCCAUUGGUGUCAUGAGAUUCCAUUUCAAGAAUGCUCGUGACCUCCGUAAUCUGGAGACUCUUGGAAAGUCAGAUCCGUAUGUUCGAGUCCUAUUGUCUGGGAUCGAGAAAGGCCGUACUGUCACAUUUCAGAACAACCUCAACCCAGACUUUGACGAGGUUAUUUAUGUGCCUGUUCACAGUACACGUGAGAAACUAACUUUGGAGGUCAUGGAUCAAGAGACAAUCAAUAGCGAUCGUUCACUGGGCUCAGUUGAGCUCCUCGCCUCUGACUACAUAUCUCAGGCUGAGAACGGUGAAUAUCUUGUCAACGACGCGAAGAAACCGCAGGCAGGAGCACUCCGCAUACACGGGAAGGGCUCUCCAAGGGGUACCCUCAAUUAUACCGCAUCUUUCUAUCCUUGCUUGAAUGUUGCGGAUCCUGAAGAUGAAGCAGAGCUUGCGGCAAGGAAGAAGUCGGCAGAAGAGGCAAGAGGUCGUUCGUCAAUCGAAAGUAGCAGAUCUGGCGACACGAAAGGAGGAGAUGCCGUCGCAGUUGCAAACAAAUCGCUUGAAAACGGCAAAAUCGAUACUUCUCUGGCGCACACUCUUGCUGAGGGCGAGAAAGAACAGACAGAAAUUGAAGAGGAGAAGAAGCUGCCCAAGAUCCAUCUUACACCUGAAGAGCUUCUCAAGUACGAAUCCGGACUUAUCAUCUUCAAGCUCAUGGACGUGGAUCUAACGCAUAGCAACACCCACGUGGACGUGCUUGUUGAUGAUAUGAGCUUCCCGUCCUAUUCGUCGUCCAAAAUAAAGUCCAGAAAAACGACCAUCGACGAAAUUGGAGACAGUUUUGUUCGCGAGCUCGACUUCUCAAGGAUAACGCUUCGUGUCCGAGAAAAGGGUGAACUGAAAGGUGAUGCGAAGAAAGACAAGGAGGAUAUUAUCGCUAAACUCACUGGCAACACUCUGGAUACGCUUAAGCAAUGCCUUAAUAACCCGACCGUACUCAAGCUCAAGGACGACCAAGGACAAAUUUGCAGCGUCAAGGUCAGCUUGAAGUAUAUACCAGUCAAGAUGCAGCUUGAUCCAAGUGAGAGUAUGAACAAUAUGGGCAAACUCCGUGUGGACGUGCUCGAUGCCACAGAUCUCCCAUCUGCGGAUAGGAAUGGUUACAGUGAUCCGUAUUGUUUGUUCGAGCUCAACGGAAAGGAUGUUUUCAAGACAAAGGUUCAGAAGAAAACUCUCCAUCCGGCCUGGAACGAAUACUUCGAGGUCGAUGUUGCUUCCAGAACUGCCGCUAAAUUCACUUGCAAGGUAUUCGACUGGGACUUCGCGGACAAAGCCGACAUUCUAGGUAAUGCAGACAUCAAUCUCGAGUUAUUGGAUCCUUUCAAAGCACAAGAGUACAACCUCACCCUGGACGGCAAGUCUGGAUCUGUAAGAUUACGCCUACUUUUCAGACCAGACUAUGUCACAAGAUCACGCCAAGGGUCGUCAACCUUCUCUGGGACAUUUGCCACACCAGGUAAAAUUGUGACUGGAGUCGCCGGAGCUCCAAUCAAAGGAGUUGGAUUUGCAGCUCAUGGUGUAGGCAAAGGCGCAUCCUUCAUCCGACAUGGUUUUAAGAGCAAGAAGAAGGAGGAGGAGACCAAUGGUGCUGAAAUGGAGGCAGAAGAUGUCAAAUUCGCCAAUGGUGGUGGAUCUACUGGACUUCGACGUGCCAGCAACCUCCCACCACCAUCAGCCAAUCCCGAAUCACCCGUCACACCUCCAGGAACUGCUCUAGGUAUCCCCGGCCACAACCGCACGAAGAGCUUUGGCCAAUCUUCUAUGCACAGUACUAGUCAUGGUGGCUCUAGCGCGCCUACCGGAACAGCAAGUUUCACAAUCAUGUCCGCAAGUGGAUAUCCUCCAUCCUCCAAUGUCAUGGUCUACAUGAAGCAACUAGGUCCGAAGGCCAAGACAGUCCACAAGACGGACCAUAUCAAGUCGGCUUCUGGCACUGUAACAUUCAACGACAAGAAGGAAAGCUUCAAGUGUGCUUGUUCGGCGGAUACACAAUUCCAGAUCAAAGUAAAGGGUCACAACACCUUUGGUAGCGACGAUGACCUCGGGGAAGGCCUCUUCUUUGUCGACGAGUCCGGUACUGGAUUGGAGAAGUCUGUUAAGGCAGGUAGUGGUCAGAUCGUUCUCAAGAGCAACUUUGUGCUCAAUCCCGUUAUCGAGAACGGAGACAACAGCCCAAGAUCGAGUAGUGGAGGACUGCGAAAAGGCCUUCUAGGCAAGACGGGACGAGCCAGCAGAGAGGUCACCCCUUCAUAAUCUGGUUCAGCGGGCCAACACUUCACGGGCGGGUAACCAAUGGCGUUCUGCUGCUGAAGGAACAGACUGAUAUUAAGAGCCAGCUGGCGUAUGGAACAAUCUUUGUUGGAGACAACCUUUCCAAGCUCUAGGCAUCUGGAUGGGCCAGAACGUAUGCAAUUGUAGCAUUUCCUCUUUUCCUCUUUUCCUCUCUUUAUGCGAUGGCGAUACCACAGCGAGAUGCUUCUGCAUUUCCAAUUUUGUUUCUUCCAGUCUUUUCAAAAGACAAUUUUUGGAAUUGGAGUGGAUGGGGUAGGGGCGGAUGGAUCAUGGAGAUCCUCCCGGAAUGGCGAACGCGUUGAUAUAUCCAAAUAAAAAGUCUGUUGAAUGCCGUUGAAAUCCUUGAAAUCUGGUGAAACGUCCUUUGUUGUCGAGUAGACUGUGCUAUUCAGACAUUUAGUGCUGUGACUUCGUUUGAGCACAAUCGACUUUGGAUGUACACUGAAGAGGGAGAUAGUAAUAGAAGUCGGACACAGGCUCCAUCAAGUCAAAGCUGUCCUGAGCUGUUAGACACCAAUCAUGAACGGCUAUGACACAUCGGAGAAGGGGAC